GUUCAUCUCUUUCCUGUCAACUGAGCAGAAACUAAGAUGGCGGACUUGGCGACCGAAGGACUGGCGCGGAGGGAAAGGUCUACGACGAGUUUCCAAAGGAAAGUGCCGGAGAGCGGAGGGGGCCGCUUGGCCGUUCUGCCAGGAACCCGACCGUCGGUGCGACACGGUCAGCUCCUGGUUUCCAGCGGCGUCCCUUCUCUGGACUCUGUUUUAGGUGGAGGUUUGGCAAUUGGAACCCUUCUUCUUAUUGAGGAAGAUGUACAUGGUGUUUACUCCAAUCUGUUGUUCAAGAAUUUCCUUGCAGAAGGAGUAGUUUGCGGGCAUAAUUUAUUUAUUGCUUCAGAUAAAGAGGAGCCUGGUAUUAUUCUAAAGGAACUUCCAUGUCCUUUGCCGAAUCUCUCUGACAAGGAAAUGGAAGAAGUAAUAACUAUGAAGUCAACGGAAGAUUCUCAGGAGUCCAUGAGAAUAGCUUGGCGUUACCAGAACAAACCAAAGCAGGAGGUAACCCACAUACCCUUUUCAAAAUUUGGACACUACUUUGAUUUAUCUAAAACAAUGGCUCCAGAACUAAUCCAAAAUGUUAAAUGGGAUGGUUUUUUCAUUCCUGAAGAAACAGGCUUGGAUGUUGAUGAAAAGUCAUGUAAUAAGGCAUGUGCUUACACCAGACUGCUUCAUUCUAUUCAGAAAGUCAUUUGUCAACAAGGGUACAGUGGGUCCACUUUUCAGAAAAAACAAAGGAAUGUGUUGAGAAUAGGAAUUCAGAGUCUUGGUUCAGUAUUAUGGGGUGAUGAUAUCUGUUGUACUGAAAAUCCAGAAAAUCUGCACAGCCUCACCAGAUUUAUGUAUGCUCUACGCGGCCUCCUGAGAUCCUCAUUAUCGGUGUGCAUCAUCACUGCUCCAACUCAUCUGAUCCAAAAUAAAGCAAUCAUGGAACGUGUUAUCCACUUGUCUGAUACAGUAGUUGGGCUUGAAUCAUUUAUCGGCUCUGAGAGAGAAACCAAUCCAUUAUACAAGGAUUAUCAUGGUUUGAUUCACAUACGCCAGAUUCCUCGGCUUAAUAGCUUGAUCUGUGAUGUAUCAAACACAAAGGACCUUGCUUUUAAAUUGAAAAGGAAGCUGUUCGUUAUUGAGCGAUUGCAUUUGCCUCCAGACUUGUCAGACACAGUGAGCCGCACAAGCAAACAGGAUCUGGCAGCCUCCGCCAAAUUGCUGAGCACAGAAUGUAGUGCAAUGGCCAUGGGCAAGAAGCACCUGGACUUCUAGUGAUUUCAACUUAGCAGCUUCACUCCAAUUUAUAUGACACUCUAAUUAUGACUGUUAAUGACUUGCGUAAAUAUUUUUCUUCAUCGUUGUGACCCAGCAGUCCUUCAAGAAAAAAAAAAUGUAACUUGCAAGCUUCGUAUCUUUCCAUUCUGUUAUUGUUAUGUUCACAGGUGUGGUGUUUUGACAGUAAACAAAUGCACUCUGUAUUGUGAGAACAUUUUAAAACUAAACUGCCUUUUGGAAGAAUUAAUUUCUAUUGUCAAAAACUGGACCUCUGUUAUAGGUAAAAUUCAAGAUAGCAAAAUAAUUUUAAAUGUUUACUGGAACUACUGUUUUUGUAAAUCAAUAUUAUAUUAAAUAAAAUAAAGAAUUAUUUCGGGUAAGUUAUUUUGAUAUCAAAAGGGGUAUCUCAAAAAAUACUAUUCAAUAAAAUAUGACAAAUUUCUUUAUAUAACUGUGUACAGGUUGUUCUAUACCAGUGCUAACUUAGUGAAGUUGUUUUAUUGUGAACAUUCACAUUAAAUAAUGAGAUUGUCAUAUAGGCUCAUAAAUAUAUUAAAAUGCAUAAAUGAAAUUUACAAAACACUUAGACUUUUUUUAAUGAAAUUCAAAAUUGUAAUAAUAAUCCUAAAUAACUAAUGCCAACCUAAUAAAAUUGUGUCAACAGAGUAAAAUUUAAUCUGACAGCUAUAUUAAUAUUAAAAAUCAAAGGGAGUGAAAUGGAGCUUGGAGAGCAGAGAUCAGAGAAUGUAUAUGGUGCAAUAGAAAAUAAAACCGAAACUUUCAUACUUGUGAAUGUGAUUGGUAUGUCUAUGUGUUGUACACGUAUGCAUAUUGUUUGUAAGCUGCCCAGGGUUAUGAAACAUAAGAUGGGUAAUUAUAUAAAUUAUAUAUAGAUAUAUAAUAUGCACUUGGGCACACACACACAAAUUGCACCAUAAACAUAUUCUUAUUUCUCAUGCAUGAAAUGAAAAUACAAACUAUAUACAUAUGAAAAAAUGUAUUUAUUGACAAUAAAACUUGCAUAUUUACAUAGAAGUAAUGUACCAAAGGGAUUGUUUGGUGAAUAUCAGGUAGCAGGGACCCUGCAGAUUCAUGUUAGAUGGUAUCCUGUUUUAAGACUAUUAGGAUCUUAUUUUAAAUCAUUUCUCUAUAAUUUCCAUCAUGUUCACUUUGGAUAGUUCAGAUCAUACUUCAGAUUGUAAUUUUAUAGAUAUAAAAGCAAUGGGUCUCUUCAAAAAAAAAAACCUUAAAACACAGACUAUAAUAAUGUUAAUGUAUUUUGAUUGGAAUGAAAUUAAAGUGUUGGUUAAACGGUUGACUUUAUAAUGCUGUAAGUAAAAUGGCACACUUCAACAAUUGCUUAAUAUGAAUGUCAAUCAUUUUUUAAAAAAUCUACUGUACUAUAAACACAGUGUAUACAAUUUUAUUCUGAAUUAGAAUAACUGAAUCAAUGUCAGCUAUUGCUAGGAUGUCAAAUCUAUCCAUCAUAUCUUGUCAUUACCAGUUUAUUUUUCUGAUCAUAAUUCUGACACGUUGCAGUAUUUUGAAUUAAAUGCAAGUACAGCUAGUUCUUUAAUUUUUUAAUAUAGGACAUAAGUCCUACACUUGUGUCCAUAUUGUUACAUAUGCAUCAGAUGAGAAAAAAAUAUUGCAAUCAAUAUAAAAAAAUAAAAUGGAAAUUCUUUAGGCUCAGAUAGUUAGCACUCCUAUCAGUGUAGAGAGAUAUAAACUUAACCUAAAUAAUAUUAGAGAGAUCUGAAUUUGCUUUAAUAUAUGUACACCAAAAUUGGGGAAAUGAUGACAGAUCUGCCAAGUAAUUUCAAGAAAAACAAUGAAAGUUUUAAUAUGCCUUUUAAAGAUAUGAAAAAUAACUUAACGGUAUUAAUUUCUCUGAAAAUGUAAGAUUCCAAUAUCUUAAACUGUACUCAAAGCUGUAUAGUCAGUCUGUAUUUCAUGAAAGUAGACUUUUUGUUGUUAAAAUAAUCUCUCACAAUUAAAUCUUUACAAGAAUA